AUGAUGUUGUCGAGGGCAACACCUAAACUCAUACUUGGCCUGAUAUGGUGUCUGAUUCAACGAUAUCAAAUAGCAUCACAUAGCAAAAUUCCACCAAAAAAGCUCAUGAUGGCAUGGAUCCAGUCAGCUCUACCGGAAAUGAAGCUCACAAACUUCCGGACGAACUGGAACGAUGGUCGAGCAUUAAGUGCGUUGUUGGAAUAUUGCCAGUCAGGUUUGUGUCCUGAGUGGAGGGGACUGGAUCCAGAGAAAGGACUGGCAAACUGUGAAAGGGCUCUUAAACUUGCCAAUGAAUAUCUGAACAUACCACCAAUCAUAUCAGCAGCUCACUUGAAUAGCCCACAUUUGGACGAGUUAUCAUGUAUUACUUACUUAUCAUAUUUUAUAAUGAGAGGAGCUUGUGGCUAUCAAGCUACAUUGCGACGAGUUCAAACGGUAAGUGCUACUCGCAAAUAA